AAGUAUUUUUGGUGUAAUAAUUCUGUUACCUUUGUUAUAUACAAAAUAUUUCGAUUUUAUUAUUUCAUGACAUCUUUUGGCCCAGAGUUGGGGUAACUUUGGUGGCUGGGCCAAAGUUACCCCAAGACUCAACCAUUAGACGUUGCCUUCCUUGGACCAAUGAAAAGAUCGUGGCGUGACAUCCUCCGCAAGUGGAAAGAGUCAAAUUCAGGAUCCAAAUUUGCAACGAUCCCUAAAGAUUUGUUUCCACGAUUUUUAAAAGAGCUAAUGGCAAAAUUGGAAGAAAAGCGAAGAGACAAUUUGAUGGCUGGAUUUGCCAAAUGUGGAAUCCAUCCCUUAAACAAGCAGAGACUACUAGACCGUCUUCCAGAAAACCAGCCCGUGGAUAAAGAGUCUAUAGGAGAAGCUUUUAUGGAACAGUUGGAGAAGAAAAGAGCUGAGUUUUUAACUAAAGAUGGCCCGAGAAGAAGGAAGAAAAAAUUUCAAGUGCCCGCUGGCAAGAGUAUUGCAUUUGAAGAGAUUGAAGCAGCCAUCUCCGAAGCAGCAAAGAAACCUUCGACCAGUGCGUCAAAGGAAACACAAGUUUCCAGGAAGAAAAACAAAAAAAAGCAAAACUCUUCUUCAGAUGAAGAUGAUGUUGAGAUGGUGUUAGAGUCUGAUGGGCAAAGCGAAACAUUUUCCGAUCUGGAAGAAAUAUUACAGGAAGUAGCAGGCAUACCUGUUCACAGGUCUAAUGAUGAAGUAACACCAGUUGCGUUGAAACCUAAAGACUUGGCUAUUGAUAACUUUGUAGUGGUUAAGUAUGAUGGAAAGAAAUACCCUGGCAAAAUUGUUAGUUUAUCUGAAGAAGGACCUAUAGUUGAAUGCAUGGAAAAAAGACUCAAGUUUUGGCGCUGGCCAGAAAAACAAGAUUGCCGGACUUACGACUGGGUGGAUGUUUGUAAGAAGAUCAAUCCUCCAAAAAUUUCUUCAAAGAGGAACCAGUUCCAUGUGCCAGAACUGGACAACUAGUAUGUAAAUAUAUGUAUGUAAAUAAUGAUGU